AUGAAUGUUCAAGCGUUUUUAUAUAACGAAAAUUUAUAUCGUAAAAUUGCCAUUGCAGUGGCUAUUAUUCGUAAUACACCUCAAAAUCUAACACCUACAGAAUAUGCGUCUCUUUUACAAAAUGAGUAUAAACAUAAAAGGAUGAAGUUAGAAAAUGAUAUGAAACAAUUGAAAAAAACGAUUUAUUUACACAAACAAGAAACGUGUUAUACAUUCGAUAGACCACCAACAUCAGUACUCGCUCAAUUAGAUUCAUGCGUCGAUUUCCUUCGUAUCUCACUUGUAUUGAAUUCACAAUUAUCUGUGAUGUCGGUCGAUCUUCAAACAACGAUUAUGGAAACCAUUGAAUAUCUGUUCAAACACUUUCGACAAACGUUAUUUGUCAAUCAUGAUGACGGAAAUGAUUUUAGUUCAUCAUUAAAUAUGUACAAAAUUUUAUUAUCAAUUAUUGUCGAAUAUGAUUCUGUUCAAAAUAUACGAGAAAAUUGUCUUAAAUGUAUUGAAAAUUUCGUCAGAUUUACAUUGAAUACACUUUUUAAACUUGAAACAAAUAAUUUAAUACAACAAAUAUUAAUUCGAACAUUCCUAGAACAAAUAGGUCUUUCUGUACCGUAUUUUGCGCUGAUAGUCGAACAAGUGUUAUCUGAUUUGAUAACAUAUUUUGAUGAUGUUAACAGAUCAACAUGUUAUCAUGCGGUUGUGUUAAUUGAUGUAUUAGAAACGCUAAUUCACAAACAUUGUACAGUCUAUUUUAGUAUUACAAAUAAUAUCAUUCAAACCUAUUUUGAUAGAUUAUUAUAUCAUUCAAUGGCAUUGCCAUCAUCGUCAGAUUUAACUCGUUCUAGUCUUAUUGUUAAAAUUUGGAAUAUCUAUGGAAGAAUAGUAGUAACAUUUCCAUGA